AUGGGAAAGUUAUUUCUGUUCUUGUUCAUUAUUAUUAAUGUUUCUUUUAAUCAGUGUUAUUGGUAUUCAACGCCUCUUGUUUGCAGUGCAGUUAACAACUUACCUAUGGGGUAUCCAGUGCUUCAGCAACCUCCAAUGCCAGCUUCUGGUCAACCUCAUCUUGACUCCAUGGGUUGUGGAAUCUCAAGUUGUCAUGUGGUCAAUGGAGUACCAGCACCAGGCAAUUUUCAUCCUAUGCGAAUGAAUUCUGGGAAUGACAUGGUUAUGGACAACAGUGCAGCAGAAGUAGCUCCCGUUAUUCCUCCAAGCAGUGGCAUGUCAUCCAUGUCAGAGAUGGCUGUGAGUCCUACAUCAGUGGCAUCUAGUGGCCAUUUCCCCUUCACUGCAUCAGACAUGUCAGGAAUGGGUGUAGACACUUGUGCACUUGAUACAACAUUCACAUCUGAUGUGGCUAGUACAGUGGGGUUGCAGCUUGUACCGGAUGGUGGAGCUGGAAAUUCUAGAGACUCCCUUAGAUCACUGGAUCAGAUUCAGUGGAAUUUUAGCCUCUCAGAUCUAACAGCGGAUUUGUCAAACUUGGGGGAUUUAGGAGCUCUGGGAAACUAUCCUGGUUCCCCUUUUCUGCCCUCUGAUUCAGAACUUUUGCUUGAUUCCCCAGAUCAAGACGACAUAGUGGAGGACUUCUUUGUUGAUUCAGUCCCGGGACUGCCAUGCUCUCAGUCGGAUGAAGAGAAAUCCUAGAAUAAGGUGAAGCUAUUUUCUAUUGGAAAUUGGUAGGAUAGGAGAAAGUUAGAGCAAUAAAAUAGUCAUUCAUCAAUCAUCAUCAACAUAGUGGACAGGCUGCUUUUGUUAUCAUUAACAAAUGUGAUCUCUUAAGCGUUGUAGUAAUCUAGACUAAUUGAUAUUAGACUGCAAUAGGGAAAAGUAGCCAUGUUAUUGUUGUAAUUUUCUUACUUUUUUUACCAGAUUGUGGAUAUCAAACUGUAAUAAAUGGGAAAGGUGAGGACCAUUUUCCUUGAUCAUGUAUUAUGCGUCGUUACCAUUUAAAAUCCCCUUGAUUAUUUGACCUCA